AUGAAGGUCAUCCUCGCCAUCAACGCGGGGUCCAGCUCGGUCAAGAUCUCCGUCUACUCCGCUGAGUUCCAGCAAAAGCCCCGCCAAUUCGCGGAAACGCAGAUCAGCGGAUUGACAGCCCCGCCUGCCCAAUUAUCGUACACCCGGAACGGCGUCACCGUCAAGAAGUCCGAGAAGCUGCAAGAAGAGCAGGUCAAGAGCCAGGACGAUGCUUUCAAGCUUCUCCUGAAGACGUUAAUUGAGGAUCAAGAGCUCAAGGAGAUCCAGGCGAAAGACGACAUUGGCAUCACCAGCCACAGAAUCGUCCAUGGGGGCGACUAUACGGCCUCCCAAAUCAUCACGCCCGACACGUACCAUCACCUGGAGAAGCUCAGCGACCUCGCGCCCCUGCACAACGGUGCCGCCCUGACCAUUGUCAGGUCUUGCAUUGACGAGCUCCCCGACGCGGUCAAUGUGGCCUGUUUCGAUUCUCAAUUCCACUCCACUAUCCCGGAGCACAUUCGCACGUAUCCCAUCAACGUCGACGUUGCAAAGAAGAACCAUCUCCGGAAAUAUGGGUUUCACGGAAUCAGCUAUUCGUUCAUCACGAGGUCUGUGGCUGAUUUCUUGAAGAAGGACGCUGCUGAUCUCAACAUCAUCGCGCUUCAUCUGGGCAGCGGCGCCAGCGCCUGUGCCGUUAGACAGGGCCAGAGUUGGGAUACCAGCAUGGGCCUGACGCCCCUCGCCGGUCUCCCCGGCGCGACGAGGAGCGGAAGCGUAGAUCCAAGCCUCGUCUUCCACUACGCGAGCGACGUCGGGAAGCUCUCCCCCUCAUCGACCUCCGAGCUGCACAUCUCGCGCGCCGAGGAGAUCCUCAACAAAGAGAGCGGCUGGAAGGCUCUGACGGGCACGACUGACUUUGGCGUCAUUGCUGACAGCGACGACCCGAAGCACAAGUUGGCGUUUGACAUUUUCGUCGAUCGCGUCUGCGGCUUCAUAGGCACCUACUUUGUGUCCCUCGGCGGCCAGGUCGACGCUCUCGUCUUUGCCGGAGGCAUCGGGGAGAAGAGCGGCAAGCUGCGCGCGCGUGUCGGAGCCCAAGUUGCGUGCCUUGGGUUUGAGGUGGAUGAUUCGUUGAACGGCAAGAAGAUUGUCGACACUGUUCAAGAUGUGGGCAAGCAGGGGAAUGGAAAACGCGUGCUCGUAUGCCAGACGGAUGAGCAACUGGAGAUGGCUCGGUUCUGUGCUGAGAAUGAGAAAAUAUGGUGA